AUGAAUAGAUUGCCACUUUAUAAUCUUCCAUCUUCAACUGAAUCGAGGAAUACAUUGUCAAGAACAGACUCUCAUCUGAAGUUUAGUUUUGUUAGUCAUUCGUAGCUGUAGAAAAGGAAAGCUAAAUGCGUAUUUAGAAAAAUAAGUAGAAAAUUAAUCCAUGCAAUGAAUUUUGUGAAGGAACUUCGAUCAUAUGCUGAAUAAUUGAAAUCAUAGCACAUGGAAUACAAAUAUCGGCAUCGCAACUUUUUUCCAUUGUAUCCAGAUGAUAAGAUAUAUAUCUUUUGGAUAGUUUUUAUAAAAGGAUUGCAUUGCAUAGCUUCAAUAAUAUUGCCUUUUCAGGGAGUUGGAACAUUAUUGACCUAAAUCAUAUCUUCAAUAUUUGCAAUAGAUAUCUUAUUUAACUUCAUCAGUUGCCACAUCGAUGAACAUAACACGCUUUUACAUACUUUUGAUAAGAUCAUUCCCUAUUACAUAAAAGGAUGGUUUAUAGUUGAUUUACUAUCUAUAAUACCCUUUGAAACAUAUGAGAUUACAAAAAUGUUAGGGUUGAUGAGAUUGUUUCGAGUAGCUAAGUAUUUCAUGUACGAAAGACGUGAAAAUUACCAUACUACUAAUGAUAUAAUUAAAAAGAAGGAGAUUGUUGUAAACGAAGAUCUAUUCUAUAGAUCAGAUUAUAACAUAGAUCUAAGAAUCAGAAGAAUUGUAACCAUAUUUAUAGACAUGAUAAUCUUGACUCACAUUUUUGCAUGUUUAUGGUUUUGGAGUGCUAGAAUUGAUGAAUUUAACUAGAACACCUGGGCAGUAAGGGAGAAUGUUUAUGAUUAUAACAUAGGUAAAUAAUAUGUGACCUGUUUCUAUUGGGCAAUCUAAACAGUAACUGUAAUAGGAUAUGGAGACAUUGCAGCUCAAACUUCCUUUGAGUUCUUUCUUCAAAUAUUCUGGAUGCUCAUUGGAGUUGGUUUCUAUUCAUUUACUAUUGGUGAUAUCACUUGCAUCUUAGUGAAUGUUAAUCCACGUUAAGAGUAUGAAGAUUAAUUGAUAUUGCUGGAGGAAUUGGGAGAUCAAACAUUUAUGAUAGAGGAAAUACUCAAAGAAUUAAUAUCAUUUGCUAAAUUCAAUAUUUCUCACAAUCCCUUUUGGGCACGUAAUACUAUUGAAAUGGUCUAAGCAUUGCCUUGGAGUAUGAGAUAAUAUGUUAUUGCAUCGACUCAUAAGGACAUUCUUAAAAUUGUACCCUUCAUUGCCAAUGACAUUAAUUUCUCUGCCAUGGUUCUGCCUUAUUGUACUUUAGCCAAAUAUGAUGAAUAUGCUACAAUAUAUCAUAUAGGUCAAAGUUCCUCUGAUUUUUAUUAUCUUCUAAGUGGUGAUGUCAGACUAUCUGAUGCGACUGGAGAAAGUAUUAUCAGAGUCAUGGAGGGGACAGUCUUUGGAGAAGUAGAAUCAAUCGAAUAGACUUUAAGAAGAUGGCAUGCUCAUGCUGUUACUAAAAGUGUUGUUCUGAUGUGUCCAGGUAGGUUUUUUGAAUCCUUGAUUAAAUAAAACUCAACAUAGUUUUUCGAAUUAUUCUAAAUGUAUAAGAGAAGGAAAAUCCUUUUAUCUGAUUAUGCAGAGCAAAAAUAAAGAUAGGCUGUUAGACUGAAAAGAUCAACUGCCAUCAUUAUAGAAGGUAAGGUCGUUAAGACACAAGAGGUUAGAAGAUCAAGUGAAAAUAGAUAAUAAUUCAAAUCCAAAAUAGAUUGUCGAAAUUACAUCAGUGUUUAAUAGGAUUUGAUGUUAUCAGUUGUAGGUUAAAAGUAGGCUCGGAAAAAACUUCUUCGAGAGAAGUUUAGAUUGGCUGUGGAAAGAAUCAAAUAAAUGCUAGUUAGAACCAAGAAAAGAAGAAGUACCUUCACGAUUGAUUAAGAUUAUAAAAUCAUUAGAGAAUUGGUUGCCACCAGAAGUCAAUAGACAAUUUAAACUCAAAUGUUUGAAACUAAUAAUUAAUUAAAAAAGCUUAUGCAUAAAUUUGGUCAAGUGGUAGAAUAAGAGAAUUAAGUUUAAUCAUUUAUAAUAAAAAAAAAAUAAGAAUCUUAUGAAAAAAUAAAGAGAAAGAAACUUAAAGAUCUAGUUGCUAAAUGGAAUCACAAUAAACGUCGUAAAUCAAUAAAAAGGGAAAUUGAUCUAUACUAUUCAUCAUUUCAUACACAAAUUUAUCAAGAACUUCUACAAACUAGAAUUGAUCAAAAAUAAAAAAUUAAAUAAAAACAAGAGAAUAUUAGAAAAAAUUCAGUCUAAUAACUUAAGUUAUUAAAUUUGAAUGUGAAUUACUUAAUUUAGUAAGCAAUGAAAUUUUCAAUUCAUAAAUUUGAAAUUAUGAAAUUAGAAAGAGAAAUUGAUCUCAUUAUUGAUGAAUGCCAAUCUAUCGUGUAAUAAAUUAUUUGA